UCCCGUGUCCCCGCCCCCGCCCCCCUCAGCGGCGCACGCGCACAGCCGCGCCGCGCCAUGGCGGAGGAGGAGUCCAGGCGGCGGAUCCCGCUGGUUCCGGAGAACUUGCUGAAGAAGAGGAAAGCGUACCAGGCCAUCAAGGCCACCCAGGCCAAGCAGGCGCUGCUCAACAAGAGGAAGCUCCAGAGGGGCAAACAAAUCCAAUUUAAACGCCUUGAGGCUUUUGUUAGAGAUUCGUGGCGCAAACACCGAGAUGACACGCGGCUGAGGCGCAUGGAGCAGAGGCCUGGACAGACAGCGGUACCUCAGGAGCACAAACUAGCCUUUGUUAUGCGGAUUGCAGAUGUUAAGGGAGUGAGUAGGAGGGUAAAAAGAGUGCUUGAGUUGCUGCGGCUAAGAAAAAAUUUCACUGGAAUGUUUGUUAAACUGAAUCCUUUAUCACUGAAGAUGCUGCGGAUUGUGGAACCUUAUGUGGCAUGGGGACACCCUAACCUGAAAUCUGUACGAGAGCUUAUCCUGAAACGGGGCCAAGCCAAGAUCAAGAGAAAGAGGGUGCCUCUGACGGACAACAUGCUGAUAGAGGAACAUUUAGGGAGCUGUGGUAUUAUUUGCCUGGAAGACCUCAUUCAUGAAAUCUACUCAGCUGGGAAGUAUUUCAAAAAAGUCACAAACUUUCUGUGGCCGUUCCAUCUGUCGGUGGCUCGCCAUGCUUCCCGGAACAGAGUGGGUUUCCUCAAGGAGAUGGGUAAGCCUGGCUGCAGAGGCGAUGCCAUCAACCAGCUCAUCCGUCAACUGAACUAGUCAGUUCUACAGGGUCUUUGUGAAAGCUUCGGGAUUUAUAACCUGUCCUGCUCCCACAGUUUUCAUGGCUGUGAUCUCUAUGCGGUGGUGUGAUUUGACUGUUGGUGCCUCCAUAAAAGAAGGAAAAAAAGUACAUGAUGAUGGAGACGGACUUUGGGUUGGUUCUUCUUGAAGAAGAAAAAUUGUAUUUGGUCCAAGAAAGAAGGGACUAGAACUUCUCAGAACAAUCUGACUUCUGUAUUGCCACAAAACAAGGAUAUUUUUAGUACUCAUUA